AUGCCUUGUGCGGAAGGAGAACUGUGCCUUCGACAAGACAGGACGCCGCAACGCCCUCAUGGCCACCCUUGCAAGGGAGGAUGUGGCGGGCGGCUCCACGGCAAUUGCGGCAGCGUGUUUGAGGACAACGAGCAGCACCUCAUCUGCAGCACGUGUGUCGCCAGGACUAGCAAGCGCAAAGGGACACCAGCUAAGGGUGCUGGGGCGGGACAAUCUAAACGCCAGAAGCAGACGAGCGGGGGAAGCAAGAAGGGAACGGCUUCUCGUGCGCGGCUGGACAGCAACAAGAAGCUCGAUAUUCUGAAGAUGCUGGAUCAGAAGGUGUCUCACGCACAGAUUGCAGACCGCUUCAAGUGCUCGCUUCGGUUUAUUGGGACCGCGAACGCUGGCCGGCAGAAGGUGGAGACAGCAACUGCUGCAGGCUGCGGCAGCCAGAAAAUUGCACGCAAAGGAGAUUUUCCGGAGGUGGAUGAGAUAGCUCUUGAUCUACUCGACAAAGCCCGGAAGGCCAAGAUGCCCGUCACACGCGAUGUCCUUCGAAGCUUCGGCCGUUCUGCCAGGGCAACCCUGCUGGCUGGCACCGCAACUUCUGCAGCAGUGCGGGAGAGGGUGGAGGACUUCAAGGCCGGCGAGAGGUGGGCGAAGAACUUCGUGAAGCGCAACCAGAUCCAGAGCGUAAGACUUCAUGGCGAGGCUGGUAGCGUCGACAAAGAGGCCAUCAAGGAGGGCAUGGAGGAAAUCAGGGCCCUUUGCGAGAAGUACCCGGCCAGGUUCAUCUUCAACGUCGACGAGACAGGCCUCCAGUGGAAGCUCAUGCCCAGGCGCACGUACCUUUCCACCUCGGAGGAUCGGAAGACGGCGCGGGGCUCAAAGAGCAUGCACUUCAAGGACCGGCUGUCUGCCAUCAUGUGCUGCAAUGCCGACGGCACUGCGAAGGUUGACAUGGCCAUCAUCGGGAGGGCAAAGGAACCCCGCUGCUUCAAGAACGGGGGUUCACCUCUGAAGUACUUCUCGCAGACCAACGCGUGGUCCGACUCCGCGACGUUCCUCAGGUGGUGGCUUGAAGUCUUCCUCCCGUUCCUUCGGCGCUUCACUCACGAACCUGUGCUGCUGCUGAUGGACGGCUGUUCGUCUCACAGUCAUCUAGUGGAUGAUCGCGGGCAAGUUACCGUCAAAACCUACCCUCCGCUGUGCACCGCCGUACACCAACCCAUGGAUUUGGGGGUCAUCGCCAAGACGAAGGUCAACUACGGGAAGGAGCUGCUCGAUGUGAAGACAUCAACCAUGUUGAUGGCUGACACACUUCGCGCCCAGGCCAAAGCCCGCAAGAUGAAGGCCGGGACAUUGGGGCUAGCGCAAGGGCACCAACCACACGUGCGGGACGCCGCUGAACUUCUCCAGAAAGCAUGGGCCAGCGUCACCGCCCAAGACAUCGCCAGGUGCUUUGUCAAAGCCGAGACGCUUCCGGAGGAGAUGGCGGCUGAGCUCACCAAGCAACACGAUAAGACCCGGUUCAACGUCGCCGACCCUGACCUGAAGGCUCUCGCAGAGACUGUCAACACGUUGAGCACGAGCGUGCAGGACGCGCAGAAGCAGGGAUCCCGCGUCGUGGACGAGGAGAUCAGCGAACUGUUGGCAGAACUCAACAUCGAACCCGGAAAAGCCGGUCGCGGGGGAAGCGGUGGCCGCGAUUCAGGGGUGGGCUACCAUCGAGGACGACGAGGAGGUGGUAGAGGCUCUUCGAUUGGACGCGGUGGAAGACAUGACAGCACUGCUGGCUGGAACGAACUUGUCUACCGGCGGCGACGACGAGGAGGACGAACAGGACCAGGGCGGCGGCGGUGAGAACACGGGGCGCGAGCGCCGUGCCCCACGUGCGCCACCGGGUUACGAAGAACUGUCGUUUCACUUCGGCGCCCUGGAAGUGGCAGCAGAGGACAGAGGCAACGGAGACGCGGCGUUCUACCUACCGAAAGCGAAGAUGUCGAUGGUCGCAGCGCAUUUCGCUAGGCGGGUGCGCCAGACAGACAUUAGAGGAUUUGUCGCAAGGUAGAGUUCAUGGUUGUUUCUUUUUCUUGCGGUUCGCUCCCUGUCGCGUACUUGUAGUUUUUAUCUUUCUUCUUGCAACAUCGAAGCGGGUACGCCAGGCAGACACUCCAGUGUCGCGACGUAGUUUGGGGGGGAGAUACAACCGUAGUGCAGUAUUAUUGAUUUUUGUUUUCUUGCAGUGCGCUUCCUGUCGUGUUUCUUUUCUGUUUAGAUUUUUGUAUCUUGCAACAUCGAAGGAGGGGCUCUAGGGUUGAGAUAUAGCUACGUCCACUCCGUACGAACGGGAGCUUUACGAGC